ACACCAUAGAAGAAGAAGGAGGAGGAAACGGAAGUAGAAAGUCGCGGCGUGUGUGCUCAGUCUCUCAGAGGAAGAUGGCGGACGUGGAGGCAUCAGCAAAGAAGAAGAAGAAGGUGAAGAAAAUCCUUGAAGAAGAAGUUGGGGACAUCCAACAGAGCGGCGAUUUCUUCAUCAAACCAGAGUCAAAAGUUGCCUCUCUGGACACGUCACAAUGGCCUCUGCUGCUGAAGAAUUUUGAUAAACUGAACAUCCGGACAGCUCAUUACACUCCGCUCCCGUGUGGCAGCAACCCUCUGAAGAGAAACAUCCAGGACUAUGUCAGGUCGGGCUUUAUCAACCUGGACAAACCGGCGAACCCAUCGUCUCACGAGGUUGUGGCGUGGAUCAGGAGGAUUCUGCGGGUCGAGAAGACAGGUCACAGCGGGACACUCGACCCGAAGGUCACAGGCUGUUUGAUCGUCUGUGUGGAUCGAGCCACACGAUUGGUCAAGUCCCAGCAGAGCGCCGGUAAAGAGUAUGUGGGGAUCGUUCGGCUGCACAAUGUGAUAGAGAGCGAACACACUCUGGCUCGGGCAUUGGAGACUCUGACCGGUGCUUUGUUCCAGCGACCGCCACUGAUCGCCGCCGUGAAACGUCAACUUAGAGUCCGAACGAUCUAUGACAGCAAACUGAUCGAAUACGACCCUGAGAGGAGGUUGGGAAUCUUCUGGGUCAGCUGUGAAGCAGGAACUUACAUUCGGACUCUGUGUGUCCAUCUGGGCCUGAUGCUUGGGGUGGGAGGUCAGAUGCAGGAACUGAGGAGAGUCCGGUCGGGAGUGCUGGGGGAGAAGGACCACAUGGUAACGAUGCACGAUGUCCUCGACGCUCAAUGGCAGUUUGAUCACAACAAAGACGAGACGUACCUGCGGAGAGUCAUCUUCCCGCUGGAGAAGCUGCUGGUAUCACACAAACGUCUGGUGAUGAAGGACAGCGCGGUGAACGCCAUCUGUUACGGAGCAAAGAUCAUGUUGCCAGGUGUGCUCAGGUACGAAGACGGUAUCGAGUUGAAUCAGGACAUCGUCGUCAUAACGACUAAAGGCGAGGCUAUCUGCACAGCUGUUGCUCUGAUGACCACAGCCGUCAUCUCCACGUGUGAUCACGGCGUCGUGGCAAAGAUCAAGAGGGUCAUCAUGGAGAGAGACACAUAUCCACGGAAGUGGGGCCUGGGACCGAAGGCGAGUCAGAAGAAGAUGAUGAUUCAGAAAGGACUGCUCGACAAACACGGGAAACCAAAUGGCAGCACACCGGAUGACUGGAAGAGCCAAUACGUUGAUUACAGCAACUCCAAGACGACAAAGGAGUCACCCGACGCUCCAGCAAAGAGGAAAAGGGAGGCAGCGGACAGUGAUAAUGAUGCUCCGACAACUCCAAGCACGCCGUCUGCGGAGGAUGUGAAGAAAGAGAAAAAGAAGAAAAAGAAAGAGAAAAGGGCAAAACUGGAGGAGGCAGAGCCUGAGGAGGCAGGGGCGGAGGGUGAGGAGGUUGUGGCGGAGCCUGAGACGGAGGUUGAAAGUGCCAAGAAGAAGAAGAAGAAAAAGAAACAGAAGGAUGGCGACGCUUCAGAGUGAUGGCACCCGGGAAACUGUAUAUAUGGAUGAAGACGGACUUUUUAUUAUUUUUUAUGAAUCUUGUUUUGGCUUUGAACUGUAAAUACCAUUCUGUUUGUAAUUUCAAAAUAAAGGUCUUUGUUUUCUGUAUUCCAUA